AUGCGUUUUCAAGUCUUCGCUGUUCUCGUAUUUGUUGCCUUGGCUUCAAGCCUCGGCGUCGCUGAAAGGGGCGUUGAAGAUGUCAACACCAAAGGUUUCUUUCGCAAGCGAAGUCGAAAGCUGACAGCAGAUGAAGAUUGGUUGCCAAGCGCUGAGAAGGAAGAGAGAGGGUUCUCCCUCGCAUCACCGAGUAGACUUGUCAGCAAGUUAAAGGCCAAGACCAGCACGGUAAAUUUCGCUGGUGCCAAGACCGGAAAGCUCUCGAAUACGCAGAUAAAAACGGUCUCAAGAGAAGUGGCGAAAGAAGUGAACAAGAACCCCAAGGCGUGGCCUACAAUCAAGACAGGCUUGAAGAUUCUGUUCGGCACUGCGCUUUUUGCACUGAUCGCUGCUGGGGUCUACGCAAUGAUUCACUCCAUGCGCAAUUACACUUAG